UCCCACUACGUUUACGAGCCCCUCCCAUUAAAAAAGAGGUCGUGUUUCUACUGUCAACUGAGCAUAUUUUUUGGGUUAACUAGAUACUGUGUAGUGUUAAACACAUUCAGCAUCGUCGAGAAGCUCUACGCUUCUCUGCUUCUGCUGUAGGGAGAAAGGAGCACGGAAAAAGCUGCACGAGCGCUUCGGUGACGACGGGGUUAAAGCGCUAAACCACGCCCAUCGUGGUUCCUUAAUACACGCAUCAUAAUAACUCUCAAUAGGUUUCUGAGGAAAUUACAAUAAUCAGUUCCCAAUGUGCUUGUGUUAAAACGGAUGGAUCGUAUGGUGUUGUGCAUAUUUCAACAAAUUACCAGAUCGCUUGUUUAACCUGCCGUUAUGGCAAAACUAACUGCGACCAUGUUCAACAUCUUUUGGGUUUCGUCCAAAGUGAAUCAGAUUUACCAGAUGAUCUGAAGUUGUUUUCUCAAGCUGUCUCACAAACCUCUGUUCCAAGGCCUAAGAAAUGUUAUCCUGAUCUGACUUGUUUGUCAAAACAGAAGAUGCCAUUUGUUUUACCACCGGAACUAUCUGCAGUGUUGUCCAUGCCACCAGUAGAACGGUUUCUCACUGGCUCAAAUAAUGUAGCAAAGCUUGUGCCAGAUGCAUCAGUUCCUUGCAGUGAAUGUUUUAAAAUGUCUUGGAGUGAGCCAUACCUUUCUUGUACUUCUCUGAUUGUUACAGAAAGACAGCUCUUGCAAGCACAUGACAUCGAUUACUCAGAGGGGUUUAAGUGCAUCACUUGUGGGAAUGAUCCACAAGCACUUGUUAUGGAUGCCACUGGCCUCUCAUUUCGAAGGGAGUUAGAUUUCUGGAAAGAUAACAUGCUAAUUACACUUCCUCAAAAAAAGGUUCCGAAAGGAAAAUUUUCCGAUCACGUGCUAAUAACCAACCCAAAAACCAGGAGGCUAUUGCUAACCUAUACUAAAAAUGGCUUGGACAGCAUGGAGAUGGAGGAACUUAUGAAGUUAAUGGAGGCACAUGCACCAUUCCUUAUGGAGCUCAUCACUCAUGCAGAGAAGGAAAAUUCGUCACAGAAGUUUCAUCAAUGCCAUCCAAAGCUUACCAAGUUUUUGCAAUGCUUGGCAAGUUCAUCCCCAGUGUGUGCACUUGUGCCACCUAAUGAGCUAAUAACUGAAUUAUUUUACCAGUUGUGUGACAAAGACCUGUCUUCAAACCCAGAUGCCAAGAGACAACACCUGUUGUUUUUGAGCUCUUUCUACCACCAGAUGUCCCCUAUAUUAAAAGAAAUAAUUAAAAAAGCUAACCUUCCAUUUGAAGGAUCUGGCCAUUCAGCUUCUCAUUUAGUCAACCUACCUGAAGAAAAUGAACUCAAGAGUCUCUGCUUUUUUCCAAAACUACUGCGUGUUCGUGUUCGGAGAUGCUAUGACGCAGAUAGUGAUCGUAAGGGGGUAAUUUGCACAAAGAGAAGUACAGGACAUCCAACGCUCACUCCGGGGAUAUUCACCAUGUAUUGCCCUCAUGGUUUGUAGAAUUAUAAUACUGUGGAAUUGCAGGGGUGUGUUAUGGAUUCGAAGUAAUGAGAUUUCAUGAAUCGCCAAACAUACCUUUUACAAUCAUUUAUGAAAGGUUUAAGCAAGCUCCAGCUACAAUCAUUUAUGAUAAUGCCUGCAACCUACACAACUACUGCUUGAAUCGUGAAGCACAUCAUUUCAAAAGAAGCCGGUUUUUUGUUGAUAGGUUUCAUUGGCGAAAUCAUACAGGGUGUAGUUCUGCCUACAAUAUUGGAGCAUACCCUCAGUUGGCCACAAUCAACAGUCAGGUUGUGGAACAAAGCAAUUCAUCAUUGAAGAAAAUUAAGUCCUCAUUGUCUUACAUGAACCCACAACAUUUCAUGGCUCAUUGUAAGCUAUACUUGUGGUACAUGAACUGUAAUAAAUAAUCCUGUUGAUGAUGAUUACAAGUGACAU